AUGGAUUCAAGACCCAGAAUAGUGAAAGCCGCUGCAGUUCAGGCAGAGCCUAUAUGGCUUGAUCUAGAAGCCACGGUUGCAAAGACAUGCAGGCUGAUCAAGGAGGCGGCUUCAAACGGCGCUCAAAUUGUUUCAUUCCCAGAAGCGUUUAUUCCAGGAUAUCCUGCAUGGAUCUGGGUACGCGCGAUGGACUUCGAGAUGAACAUACGCUACUGUGAUAACUCCCUCUCUAUUAACUCAGAGGAGAUGAAGCAACUGCAGUCUUGUGCAGCCGAAAAUAAUAUUGUUGUUUGCCUUAGCUAUUCUGAACGAAAAGGGAACUCGUUAUACAUUGGUCAGUGUACCAUUGACAGUAACGGCGAGCUGGUGAUGUCGAGGCGAAAAUUGAAGCCUGUCCACAUGGAGCGUACCCUAUUUGGGGAUGGAAAUGGCCCUUCUCUAAACAAUGUCGCAACAACUGGCGUUGGAAGAGUGGGGCAACUUUCUUGUGCUGGAGAGGAAAUUCAUUGCGCUGCCUGGCCACCGGUGGCACCUCAUCCAGGCGGGGCAGCUCCAUAUUCCAUGGCAGAUGAAGCUGUUGCAGCUUUCUCUAGUGUAUACUCUAUGCAGGCACAAUGUUUCACUCUCCACUCAACCGCCGUUAUCUCACAGCCAUCAAUCGAGAGAUUAGGUGUUGAGAAAACCCCCCUGUUCAAUCAACCGGGAGGCGGUAAUGCCCGAAUUUAUGGUCCCGACGGACGACUUUUGACAAGAGACUUGCCGCCUGUUGAAGAAGGAAUGGUAUAUGCAGACUUGGAUAUGAGCUUAAUCACUAAGGAAAAAGGAUUCUUGGAUAACUGUGGCCACGCCGGUAAACCGGAACUGCUGUGGCUAGGACGCAAUGUGUCCGAGCAGGAGCCGGUUCGAUCGGCCUAG